AGCGAGCGGCGCCGGCGAGCGCGGGGCGUCCGGUGGGGCCUGGGAGCCAGCGAGGAGGACUGAGGGGCGGCGGGGCGGGGAGCCGGGAGGCAUGGCGCGGCUCGAUGACGAGAUGGGGCCGGCCGUGGCGCCCGGGCACCCGCUGGCGAAGGGAUACCUUCCGGUGCCCAGGGGCGCCCCGGACGGGGAGGCGUGCGCGGAGCCGCCUGAUGGGCCCGAGGCGCGGAAUGGAGGCCCGGGGCUCGGCCCGCUGGUCGCGGGAGCUCCGGGCGAGCCGCAAGCCCUGAUAGCGGCGGCGGAGGAGGAGACCCAGGCCCGGCUGCUGCCCGCGGGCGCCGGGGAGGACGUCCCGUGCCCCGCGUGUCCCCCGCGCACGGCGCUGUCGCCGCGGCGCUUCGUGGUACUGCUCAUCUUCAGCCUUUACUCGCUGGUGAACGCCUUCCAGUGGAUCCAGUACAGCAGCAUCAGCAACGUGUUCGAGGCCUUCUACGGCGUGUCGCCGCUGCACAUCAACUGGCUGUCCAUGGUGUACAUGGUGGCCUACGUGCCCCUCAUCUUCCCGGCCACCUGGCUGCUGGACACGCGAGGCCUGCGGCUCACGGCGCUGCUGGGCUCCGGCCUCAACUGCCUGGGAGCCUGGGUCAAGUGCGGCAGCGUGCAGCGGCACCUCUUCUGGGUCACCAUGCUGGGGCAGAUCCUGUGCUCCGUGGCCCAGGUCUUCAUCCUGGGCUUGCCCUCCCCCGUCGCCUCAGUAUGGUUUGGACCCAAGGAGGUGUCGACGGCUUGUGCCACAGCAGUGCUGGGCAAUCAGCUUGGAACUGCAGUUGGCUUUUUGUUGCCACCUGUUUUAGUGCCCGUCUUGCGCACACAGAAUGACACAGGCCUUCUGGCUCACACACAGAAUAGCACAGACCUCCUGGCUCAUAACAUCAACAUCAUGUUUUACGGAACAGCAUUUGUCUCCACAUUUUUAUUUUUUUUAACAGUAAUUGCAUUCAAGGAGAAGCCUCCCUUGCCACCGAGUCAGGCUCAGGCAGUUCUUCGAAACAGCCCGCCUGCAGAGUACUCCUACAAGAGUUCUAUCUGGAACCUGUUCAGAAACAUCCCCUUUGUUCUCCUGCUGGUCAGUUAUGGUAUCAUGACUGGAGCAUUUUAUUCAGUUUCAACAUUAUUAAAUCAAAUUAUAUUGACAUAUUUUGAGGGAGAAGAGGUGAAUGCCGGAAGGAUCGGCCUGACACUGGUGGUAGCUGGAAUGGUGGGCUCUAUUCUCUGCGGCUUAUGGCUGGAUUAUACCAAAACCUACAAGCAGACGACUCUGAUUGUGUACGUUCUGUCUUUCAUUGGAAUGCUCGUAUUUACGUUCACAUUGAACCUCAAGUACAUCAUCGUGGUGUUUUUUACUGGUGGGAUCCUUGGCUUCUUCAUGACUGGUUACCUCCCCCUGGGCUUUGAGUUUGCUGUGGAGAUCACUUACCCUGAGUCUGAGGGCACGUCCUCAGGGCUCCUCAACACAGCCGCACAGAUAUUUGGAAUUUUGUUCACUUUGGCUCAAGGAAAGCUCACAUCUGACUAUUAUCCAGAGGCAGGAAACAUUUUCCUCUGUGCCUGGAUGUUCGUAGGCAUCAUUUUAACAGCUUUGAUCAAGUCUGAUCUGAGAAGGCACAAUAUAAACACCGGGCUUACAAACAUGGACGUUAAAGCUGUACCAGUAGAUAGCCUGACAGAUCAAAAGCCAAAAGUGAUGGUGUCUAUACAGUUGGAAUCUUCACUCUGAAGAAGGGAAUGUGGCUGCCCCGCAAUAUGGGGACAUGGCAUCAUCUUUGGGCAGCUGUGUGAGUUGUGAGACCCUUGAACAUUAUUGGAUGAAUUCUGAAUAUUAUUUUGUUUUGUGUUAAUUUAAGCAGUGAUUUUGCUUAAAAUGUCCUUGCUUACCUCAUGUUAACACUCCCAUUCAUGUAAUAGUGUCUAUUUUCAGUUAUGUGUUGUGUACCUGAAAGUAACAUUCUUGACAUUUUUUUUCAGGAUGCUUUGUUUUUUAUGGGGGUCUAGUUCCUGUAAGACAUGUAAGAGCAUGCAAGUCACAUAUAAAAACUUCCAGUACAUUCCCAGUCAGUUAUCAUCUCACGGUACUGACCAUGUCAGGAUCAAGUCAGAGUCACGGUGUGUGACUCUGAGAGAGCAGAAUACCAUGAGAAGUGCUGACCCCUCGGACGGGGCUGGGACUGAGAGUCCCAUCUCUUAGACGCCUAUUGUACCGUGUAUUGUGACAUGUUCUGUCCCACAAAGACAAACAAAGCGCUUCUAUGCACAGAUUAAAUCCUUUAUGCUCUGGUCACCUAGGAAGCUGAGACACAUGGAUCAUCUCAGCUCCUCUCUGUGCUGCUUUCAUACAGAUAAAUGCUAAUGUAGUACAACUUAAAAUGGCAGCUUUAUGCCCAUUGUCCAUUUUCACUCUUUUAAAAGAAACUUGCAUCAUCUGUAUUGCGGGCUAGCUCAUGAUUUCUUAUAUCACAUCUAUAUUUUGCCUUGAAGAUGCUCAAGAUAAGGAAGUCUAUGAUAACUUCAGAGAGCCCACAGAUCUCCAUUGUGUGGAGAGCCCUUGAAAUACUAGCUGCUGUGUUUCCAGGAUCACUCCUCUGACCACUGUUUUUGAGGACGACCAGCCCUUGCACAUGUUCUGUGAAUGCUGGGAACAGGUUCUGCUGCACCACAGCGUGCAUGUACUUAGUACUCUGCACACUGUCUCUUAUACACUCAGGACAAGGCGAAUGGGACCAAGUGUAUUGUCACAGUGCCUACCACUGUGGCUUGUUUACAGUGAGAAUUAAAUGUCUUUGAUGUUUUGACUCUUAAGCUUACAGUCAUGACAUUUGAUCAACCAUAAUAUUUAUAGUGUGAUUUUGUAAAUUUUACAAAAAAUUUACAUAAUAUAAAAAUGCACACAGAAAAGGUAAUCAUGUAAUGAAUAUGGUUGAAGCAAAUGCAACUUUGAUUUAGGCAAAAUAUACAUUGAUUUAUCUUGAUGUUGUAUUAUUCUCUUUCAUCAAAUUACUAUAAAUUAUGUGGAAUUUGACACUGGAAAAUGUACUGAAAGAACUUAAUAUCAUUCAGGAUCAAGAAUUCUGGUUUUGUGUCCUGGGUGUGCUUCUGCCUUGGUAACUCUGGACAUAUAACUCACCCUCUCUGACAUAUCACUUACCCUCUCUGACAUCACUUACCCUCUCUGAUGCAUCACUUGCCCUCUCUGGACACAUCACUUAACCUCUCUGGCAGCAUUUUCCUGAUCCAUGAAAUAAUGCAUUCACACUGAUCUAAAAGAUCUUUUUAAAAUAUUGUCAUUCAUCACGAAAUAGACCAAAUCACUGUACCACAGGAAUUUAGAAAUCUAGCUAGAAUCUGGGCAGUGGUGGUACACAUCUAAACCAUGUCUUGAAAAACCAGACAGAGAGAGAGGAAGAGAGAGAGAGAGAAAGAGAGAGAGAAAAAGAGAGAGAGAGGGAGAGAUAUCUAGCUAGAGAAAAAUUCUGUGGAAAACUGAGUCAACAGUUGUGAUUGUACAGAGACAGAGAACUCGAGUCAGUCUGUAGUUCAGGUAGAACCUAUAUCAACAACAACUUCUCUUGGUAGUUCUGUCACAGGUUGCAAAUGACCAAAAAUGCACUGUCCCCACUGUUUCUGUUUUUAAAUUGACAGUGUUGUUUACAGAUCAUAUAUAUGUUACUUCCGAAGCUUUGAACAAAUUACAGAUAAAAGUUGGAAUACUUAGUGUCUGAAAAAUAUAUUCUUGUUUUGUUUUUUAUUGUUUGAAACAGGGAUAAAGUAUGAUAUAAUAAUGCAAAAUGAAUUGAUGUUCUCAGUAUUUUAAGUGGAUGUAUGGGUAAUAUAUCAGAUAAGAAUUUGAUACGGUUCUGUGUCAUGGGUUUAGAAGUAGUAAUUAUCAUCACCUGUGCCCGCUUUUGUCAGCUGGUUUCAGAGCUGUUGCAUCUGUAAAUGCUGUGACAUAGCUUCUGCCUUUUGAGAAUAUCUUUAAAAUGUUGGAGGAAUAUCUUUGGAAAUGUUUGUUAGUAGCUGGAACGGCACCCAUGUCUGAUGUCUUCAUCCCUGUUCUCAUUUUUACUAUUUUUAUAAUUUCUCUAUGUGCCUGUUCUUCAUUAUUUCAUACUUAAAAUAAAUUUAUUUUUUUAAUGCUAA